CCUCGAUCCAAUUUUGAAAAUCGAGGCUUUCUCCGCUAAGCACCUCCUCAAAUUUCAAAUUCGAAUUCGCUCUCCCUUCUCUGUGAGAGAUAUCAAGUUUUAAAGAUAAGAUGGAAAGUGGAGCAAAUGAAGCUUCUAAGAAACGCAUGAAACCAAAUGUGGAAGAGAAAGAAGAAGAUCAAGUAAGCAAUGGAACUGGUAUGGAAAUAACAGUUCACGAACAAUCCGAGGCAAACAUCAAUGGAUCUGAAGAAAUGGAACUCAAUAUCUCUCACAUUCUUGAAAAGAUUGAGCGCUUUACUCAACUGGUUUCUGAGCUGUUAGAAUCUGGAAAGACGAUGUUCAGGGAAUUGAGUGACGAAUUUGAAGAGCGGCUAAUUACGAUACAUAAAGAACAAAUGGAGAAAUGGCAGGACGAGGUCAAGGAGCUGAGAUUGAUAGAUGCAUCAAAUGAAGAGGCAAGUGCUCUGUUGAACAAUGCUCGUAUUUUACUUCAGAAUCCCCUUUUCGAAUCUUGAAAGAUAAAUUCUCAUAUGGUAUUCAAUUCCAACUAGCUUUUUCUUUCCAUGGAGGAAGUGAAGAGAGAUUUGUCAAUGGUAGUAAUUAGUUUCAAGCAAUUUGAAUUCUUUUGAUUCUAAAA